CAGAAUGUGAUGGAAUACGAGACUGUGUUUGUUGGCCCAACAACUUGAAGACAGCCUUGAACCAUUUGUCUAGUAACAGUUAUCAUACAAUUCAGUAUUAAAACAUCACUGGCAUGAAGUUACCUCUGGACGUCUGGUGUGAGAAAUAAACAGCAGAUUUCCUCUUGCACCAUGAUUGAUGACCAGGACUUUCAGGUCGUUGUAGGAGGCCUGAUCUCCUCCUCCUCCUCACUCUAUGAAGUCCAGGAUAUCCUGGGGUGUGGCGCCUAUGGAGAGGUCACCCAGUGCAGGAAGUUAGCCACCAAUGAAACGGUGGCUGUAAAAAUCCUCAAAAGCAAGACAUGCAUUGAGGAGGCAAAGGAAGAGGAGGUAAUCCUCAAAAAGAUGAAAGAGCUUGACUCAGAUAUGUUUAACAUCGUCAGAUGGAACAACUCCUUCACCUUCGACAGACGUUUUUGUCUUGAGUUUGAAAAGCUGGAUAUAAAUCUGUAUGAAAUCCUGCAGAUGAACAAUUUUCAGCCUCUUAAGUUGAUGGAGAUCCGCCCCAUUGUGCAACAGUUGGCUAUAGCUCUGGAGUUUCUAAAGCGCAUAGGGAUUGUUCAUGCAGAUUUAAAGCCUGAAAAUAUUAUGAUGGUGGACCAUUUACGGCAGCCAUUGAGAGUGAAAAUCAUCGACUUUGGCUUAGCCUUUGUCAAUCCCGAGGAAUGGACGGGUGUGACUCUUCAGACCCAAUGGUACAGAUCGCCAGAGGUCCUGCUGGGAGCUUCCUUUAAUGAGGCUAUUGACGUAUGGUCUCUGGGCUGCAUUGCAGCUGAAAUGUUGAUUGGCACUGCACUGUUCCCUGGCAAUGAUGAAUAUGAUAUGAUGAGGCACAUCUUAUGCGCAACUGGAAAACCACCUGACCAUCUGCUGAAUGCUGGAUUGUAUACAGAACAGUUUUUCAAUGCAAAAUACACAGGAUUGGAACCCCCCCUGUGGAGAUUUAUGUCAACAGUUGAAGCGAAGAAUAUUACCUGUAACCCAGUCACAAUUACCGGUCUGAGUGAUCUUAAGAAGGUGUCCUGUAAACUCUCAGGAGAAGAUGCCAGUGCUGAUGAAUGUGACCGGGCAAGCUUUGUCGACUUGCUAACAAAGACACUGAAGGUGGAUGCAUCUGAAAGAAUUACCCCAAGCCAAAUUCUUCAGCAUCGAUUUAUAACGAUGAGCCACCUCGUCGGCACAUUUGAUAGCCACCAUGUGAAAUUGUGUGUGAAGCUGAUGAACAUCUGCCACGGUCGGAGUUUUGAUGAUGGUGAGGAUGUGAAUCGGGUGACCCUGAAAACUUGCCUGAUCGUGAAGGCCUCUAACUGCACUGCCAGCCCGGCCUGUGUUCCAAACGAGGGUCACCCAAGCAGCAGGGAGGAACUGUCCCUCCAGAGCAGCGUCAUCAGCGAGAAAAUCUGUCCACCGAAGAAGAGAAAAAGUGAUGGUGCUGAUGAAUCAGAGUGUGGCAACAUAAUCCCAGACACCACACCAGCUAAGACAAGGAGUGAUGAAUACCUGGAUGCAGUGCCAACAGAGGCAGGUGAGCAAGCAAUCCCACGAAAGUCACCACUGUACAAAAGAAAGAGGGAUGAUGUUGAUCCAUGCAUAACCUCAGAUGGCAACUACCCAGCAAAGAAGAAGAGUGUAAACCUCAAUAAAGAGCUGACAGACAGCAUAAAAAAAUUUCUCAGCAACACAGAACAGGCCAGGUCCAGCCAUGCCUGGGAUGAUCAUAUAAAGAAGAGAAAGAAGACCAAUGAGGAUGAUUCAGGCUCAAAACAAGCAAAAAUCUCUGCAAACAAGAGGAGUAGGGGAAGUCUGGAUGGAGGAGAAGGGUGAACCUACCUGACAGAUAAUGUCAAUUAAAACAAUGCUGGCACAUCCCUCCAUUCAGACUCAAAGGCUGACAAAACUGAAGUCACCAAAUUAAAGACUGAAGAGUCAAA